GACUGGAGGCGGUUGAUGUCACCAAGAUGCCAGUGACUGGUGUCCCUGUGAAGAGUGAAGAUGAUGAGGUGAAAGGUGAAAGUGAGGAGAGGGGAGGGGGGGAGCCUCCAAGCAGCAGCUCAACACAACACAUGACAACAGAAGCUGAUGGAGACCACUGUGGAGGAUCACAAGCAGACAAGCUCUUAGCUCCACUAUCAGAUAGUGAGGACACAACGUCACACUCUCCUGACACUGAUGAUGAAGACUCUAAAGAUGAUAAGACAUGUCACACUGACAACACUCACUUCACAUCUUAAAUCUCCUAGUAAUUUGAAAGUACACAUGAGAACACACACUGGAGAAAAACCUUUUUCAUGUUCAAUCUGCGGUAAAUAUUUUACUCAGAGGUACGAUUUGAAAAGACACAUGAGAACACACACUGGAGAAAAACCUUUUUCAUGUUCAAUCUGCGGUAACGAUUUUAUUCAUAGGCAACAUUUGAAUACACACAAGACAAUACACACUGGAGAAAAACCUUUUACUUGCUCAGAAUGCUGUAAAAGAUUUGCGCGAAAAGCAGAGUUAAAAAGACACAUGAGAAUACACACUGGAGAAAAACCAUUCAUGUGCCCAAUUUGUGGCAAAGGAUUCUCCCAGAAGGGACAGUUGGUAAACCACACAAAAACACACACUGGAGAAAAACCUUUUUCAUGUUCAAUCUGCGGUAACGAUUUUAUUCAUAGGCAACAUUUGAAUACACACAAGACAAUACACACUGGAGAAAAACCUUUUACUUGCUCAGAAUGCUGUAAAAGAUUUGCGCGAAAAGCAGAGUUAAAAAGACACAUGAGAAUACACACUGGAGAAAAACCAUUCAUGUGCCCAAUUUGUGGCAAAGGAUUCUCCCAGAAGGGACAGUUGGUAAACCACACAAAAACACACACUGGAGAAAAACCUUUUUCAUGUUCAUCUGUAGUAAAGGAUUUACUCAAAGGCACCUUUUCAAAGCACACAUUAGAAGACACACAGGAGAAAAACCUUUUUCAUGUUCAAUGUGUGGUAAAGCUUUUACUCGAAGUGACCAUUUCAAAGCACACAUGAGAAUACACACUGGAGAAAAAACGUUUUUAUGUUCAAUCUGCAGUAAAGAUUUUACUCGAAGGGACCAUUUCAAAGCACAUAUGAGAAUACACAAUGAAUAAAAAACCUUUUUCUUGUUAAGAAUGUGGUGAAGCUUUUGUACAAUGAAGCACUUUGAAAGUACACAUGAGAACACACACUGGAGAAAAACCUUUUUCCUGCUCAGAAUGUGUUAAAGCGUUUGUAUGAAAAAGCACAUUGAAAGUAGCCAUGAGAACACACACUGGAGACAUACCUUAUACAUGUUCAGUAUAUUGUAAACGUUUUAUACAAAGUCUGCUUUUGAAAAGACUCAUGAGAAUACACACUGGUAAGUAAGUGUUGAGUUGCAGCGUGUGUGGUGAAAGAUUCUCUUCUAGGCUUCACGGUGAAAGAGGGGUGAGUGCGUCUGCCUCACAAUACAAAGGUCCUGAGUAGUCCUGUGUUCAAUCCCGGGCUCGGGGUCUUUUUGUGUGGAGUUUGCAUGUCCUCCCCGUGAAUGCGUGUGUUCCCUCUGGGUACUCCGGCUUCCUCCCACUUCCUGUCAAAGUUUGUUGUUGACGAACCCCAUGAUGCGGAGACGGAGUCAGGCAUUGAAUAAGAAAACAUGGUUUUAAUAUAAAAUACUAGAACAAAACCAAACAAAGGGUACAAACAAAAAGCACGCACGUGGGCAGAUAAACUAAGAGAGCAAGCAUGGGAGCUACAAAACAAAAAGGAACUUUAGAAUGGAAAAGAGAAGUCCUACUUGUACUUAGAAAACAAACUGGAAGCAGGGAACAAAAGGCAGUAAGCUAAAAACCGCAAUCAAACAUAGCUUACAGCAACGCUGCAUGGACAAGACAAGAUACGACAGGUAGCAAAGACAAGUGCGACAUGUGGCAACGACAAUAAUCCAGCACUGACCGGAGGAAAAAAGCAGGUAAAAUAGGAGCGGGCUGAUUGUAGCCAGGUGUAGCCAGGUGCCAAUCAGCCGCAGCUGAGGGAAAAACAGCACACAGGGAGACAAACAGGAAGCUGGACCAAAAUAAGAGUGCUGACAGGAACUAAGGACAGGAUAUUCUAAACACAUAGAGGAGAAACUAAAACACAAACUGUCAGUGGCAAGCGUGACAUUUCCCAAGACAUGCACCUGGGGAUAGGCUCCUCCCACCUCCAAAGACAUGCACCUGGGGAUAGGCCCCUCCCACCUCCAAAGACAUGCACCUGGGGAUAGGCUCCUCCCACCUCCAAAGACAUACACCUGGGGAUAGGCUCCUCCCACCUCCAAAGACAUGCACCUGGGGAUAGGCCCCUCCCACCUCCAAAGACAUGCACCUGGGGAUAGGCUCCUCCCACCUCCAAAGACAUACACCUGGGGAUAGGCCCCUCCCACCUCCAAAGACAUGCACCUGGGGAUAGGCUCCUCCCACCUCCAAAGACAUGCACCUGGGGAUAGGCCCCUCCCACCUCCAAAGACAUACACCUGGGGAUAGGCUCCUCCCACCUCCAAAGAC